CGCGCUCUCCAAACGACCCUCUUGACACUAUGUUCAUCAUCAACUGGUUCUGGGAUGUCCUCGCACAGCUUGGUCUGCUGCACAAGAAUGCGAAAAUCCUCUUCCUUGGUCUCGACAACGCCGGAAAGACGACCUUGCUUCAUAUGCUGAAGAAUGACCGGCUUGCCACUCUGCAGCCCACGCUACACCCCACGUCCGAGGAACUUGCCAUCGGCAACGUGAAGUUCACAACAUACGACUUGGGUGGUCACCAGCAAGCUCGCCGGCUCUGGCGUGACUACUUCCCCGAGGUCGACGGCAUCGUCUUCCUUGUCGACAGCGCUGACUUUGAAAGGUUCGCGGAGUCAAAGGCAGAGCUUGACGCUCUCCUUUCCAUUGAGGAGCUCUCCAAAGUUCCUUUCCUCAUCCUUGGCAACAAGAUUGACGCACCUGGCGCUGUAAGCGAGGAGGAGCUCAGGCAUCACUUGGGUCUCUACCAGACCACUGGCAAGGGCAAGGUCCCUCUCAACGACAUCCGCCCGAUUGAGAUCUUUAUGUGCUCAGUCGUGCAGAGGCAGGGGUACGGAGAGGGCUUCCGAUGGGUCUCGCAAUACAUCUGAGACUUCUCACUGGCAAGUGCUUCCGCAUGCUCUGAGGGUGUCCGCACCCGGGAUCCUUGGUCUUCUUCCUGCAUAUUAGUCCAUUGUCGCUACUUCGCUUUAUGUUAUCGGUUUACGUCUUGAGCUUCGGACCAUCUACUAGACCAGUCUCGUCCAGAGUGAAUCCGCCGUGGACCAUGUGUCAUUGUAUUGUAACUGCAGUGCAACGCACUGAAGACGCUAAGUUACGUGUCUGCUCAUAGAGCACGUGAA